AUGGGAGAUCUUCAAAAAAUUCUUGAUAGAGGAGAGUAUCUUCCCUUGCAAUCAGUUCCAGUAUUUGAGAGCAACUUUAUUCAGGUCAACAGAAGAGGUGAAUCGGUUUACCUUCAUAAACGGCCCAACUAUGUGACAAUGGGUGUCUGUACCUCCAGUCCAAAUCUGUCGUUGCCAAAUGUGAUGCUGCUCGCACAUACAGUCCCUGUAUCCUCCCAGGAAAGCAUUGCAACGUGUUCAUCAUGUACACAGUCGUCAUAUUCAGAGGAUGAGGUAGUACUCACCAGGUUCAUACCCUUGAAAUAUGUGAGCAUUUCUAUUCAUUCUCUCAAGAGGAGCCGCAUCAAAUUAAAGCUGGUGAGCGGCCGUGCCUACUACUUAGAGCUCUCUGGCCCACCACAGAAACAGGCACUCCUUUUCCGUCAAUGGAUGCGACUCAUCAGUCUACUGAAAUCUAAGAAUCCUGACGCCAGUAUUGUAUUUAAAAAUUUGGACAUACAAGAGGAACAGAAAGCUAUCAGCAACACACCAUGGACUAGAAACAAUCAAGAACAACCUGUCCGGGACCAAGAGAAGGGACACGAACUGCAGAAACCACAAAUCCUUAAACAAAUAUCUUCCAAGCGAGUCACCAUUUCUGAAAUCGUGGGUCCUAUUGAACAGGUCGGAAAGAGCAGAAGCCAAGGGGCAGUUUCUUCCUACAGCUUCAUCAGAAAGUCCAAUGCGGACUCAGAGAAACAAAAUAAGCAGCAUCAGGAAUUAAGGAAGAAUGACAUCAACAAGAAAUCUAGCUUAAAAAUUGUGAUUGUCUUUUUUGGUUCUAGGGAACGAGAGCCUUUUUCUUAUUCAGAAAAAAGAUUACAGACUUCAGGAAUCCUCAAGAAUGUCAGUAAGUCUGAAGUUGUUUAUUACAAGUAA